AUGCAAAGCAUUUUCCGCCUGCCAUGGUGUACGGAUCCUUCAGGCGAUGACAAGCCCGAAAAGGCCAUGUUGCCUAAAAUGCGCCAACCACCUGUGGUUGACAUGUCCCUGCUCAGCAAACUAAAGCGCAAACGAGCCGGUAGCCCACCUUUCGACGCUCUUCCUGCCUUCGACAACGCCAAGCGCCUCAAACUCUCAGACUCUGAUCAUGAUUCGUCUCUGCCUGGAAAAUGGCAGUCUGACUCUUUGUUUGAUGUUGCGAUGUCCGAGCCUGUAUCGCACAACUCUGCUAAUCAAAAUAAUCAAAAUGUGAAGGCAAAUGUUCCACUGCUUACUCCAGAUGUGUCAUUCGCUGCUUCCUGCGCCGCAAAGACCACAACAUCAAUACCUACGCCUUCUGCCAAGCCAAAACAACCUUCAGAGACUAACGACAAGCCGAAAAUCAUGGAUGGAACGAAAGGGGUACAGCUGCGAGACGUUCUCGAACACCAGUUCAACCUCGAGAUCUUACUCAAGCAUCGUGAACUUCGACUCAUCGAGCAAGAGCUUGCCAAAUGCCAGACUGCGCUCGAGCAAUUACGAAGAUGUGAGGUCAUCCCGUAUCCUGGAGCUAUUGGCCUCUCCGAAUCUCUUUCUUCUGGCACUGGGCCUGCAUUGAAGCCUCAGAUUGGAUUCACUCAGCCGCAAGCGCCGUCCCCGUGGGGUGUUACUGAUGGUCCAUACACAAGGCAUUAUGCAAAAUGGCUUCUCAACGACCCAACCUUCGAUUCAUUACCGUUCAGUCAAGUUAUGCCGGCAUUGAACAACUAUGCGAUGCAGCCUGAAGGUCGAUCCACGCGUAACAGUGGUGCUGGUCUAAGCAAGACUGGCAGAUCUCGCUCUACGCGUGAUUCUUUCGGUAACCUCAACCAAGCGUUACCCAACUAUCCUUCUCAGCCUCGUGGUAAACAAGGUCCUUUGGUCAUAAGAAGACUAGCCGACAAUCUGUUUGUCAAGUUGAUUUGCAACAACUGUCAGCGAGGUGAUUUCUCUAGUGUUCAAGGGUUCUUGAACCAUUGCCGUAUAGCGCAUAAGGUUGAUUACAAGAGCCACGAAGCCGCGGCUUUGGAUUGUGGAAAGCCCUUGGAGGAGGAUGAAACCCACCUGAUACCUCAGGGUGCUCCUGCAGCGCCAUCUGGCGCCUCAAAACCACAGCAGGCUCCUAAACCCGCUGUAUCGCAAUCCAUUCCUGCACCCUUGGCUGGUUUCGUCCACCCGCUGAACGCUCAAGUUCUGCCACGCUAUACGUGGAAGAGGCAGGCAGACGAAGCAAGAGCGUUAUCUUCUCAGUCACAAAACCGUCGCGCAGUCGCAAGCAACACCUCUACAUCUACAGCAGCAGCUUCUUUCCAUGCAACCCCCUUGGUAGGAUCAUCGUUCGCGCCAUAUCUCUCUGCUCAGUUUGCCAAACGAAAUCUCGGUGGAAACUUGCAGCACGCGACUACUCAAGCUCGUGAGAAAAUUGACCUUGGUCCGGAACCCAUUGAGGACGAGCAGUCAACAGCAGCAGGCAGCGAAACGCCUAAGCCCCAUGGCGCAUCAACCAUCAAUGCCAGCAGACCUUUGGACAAGCCGGUACAUGAAGGAUCACAGGGUCACAAAGGAUGGUAUGCACCUAUCUCGCGCCCCCGUGUCGCACCAAUCAUGGCCCGACACGUUUCUGCAGAGGUGAUGGACUCACCACCCACUCUUUCGCCGCACGCAGUGGACAGCAAUCCGGGACUCGUGUCUGAUCAUGAAGAUGAUGAUGCACCUUCCGACUUGGACGAUGUGCAUUCAGAACGUCAUGAAUCCCCUAACGCAGUGAGCGGGCUCGGUGCUCUCAGGAACCGAACAUGUGGAGAUGAGAUAGAUGAGGAUCUCGAGAUCGAUGUCAACGACGAGGCAAACGGACACAGUGUACUGAUUCGACCUCGAAGCUUGGGACUGCAGAUGCGCUCGAGUGGUAGUCCUAGCAGGGCCAAGUGA